AUGCCCGGAGUCAUCCUUCAGAAGAUCUCGCCCGACAGCAUCACCAUCAGCAUGGCAGCGUCAGCUUCCCAGCAGCCGUAUGACAGCCCCGACGAGGUGGGCAUGCGCGGUUCCCGCGAAGCCCGUGAAGCUCGCAAGGCAGCUCGCGCCAAGAACCGCCAGCAAAACGCCAGCCAGAACCAGUUCAACGGCAACGGCCACUCGCAGUCUCCCAGCCGUGAUGACUACCGAUACCAGGACGGUGAUGAACCAUACAGCCCCACCGAGGACUCUGUCCUGCAAGACUCAAUGCUCUCGUCGCAGCAGGGCGGCGCCGUCCAGCAGCGAGGUCCAGAGGGUCGUCGUGGCGAGCAAGGUGCCAUGCCUCCAGGAUACCCGGGUCCUCCGGGAGGUGCUUAUGGCGAUAGCCCUCAGAGCCCAACCAAGAACGGCCACUACAGGUCGCAGGGCCAGGGCAACACCAACCUUCCCUCCAGCCGCCGCCACUCCGGCAAUCCAGGCGCUCCCCCAGGAUCCGGCCCCUACGGCCAGUCCCGUGGCCCUGCCGCUGAUCAACCGCACCGCCGGUCCCAGGCAAUGUCCAACCAGGACGCCCAGCUCCGCCCUCCUCCCUCCCUCGACGAUAACCGUCAGGGCGCGGUGAAUCGCCGUGUCAGCCGCCUCGAGAGCCCCAGCGUGCUCAAGAGCGUCCUCCAGCCGCUUGAGAAGAAGAUCAACGAGUAUGACCGCCUCAUGACCGAGGCCCGCAGCGAGAUGUCCCAACUCGACGAUGAGCUCCGCGCCCUCCAGGAGCGCAGACAGCAGGCCGAGGACCGGUUCCUCAGCGCCAAGUCCAAGCACGACGACUACAGCCGCCAGCACGACGACGUCGGCCGCGCAAUGAGAGGCGAGCUGGACAGGGGCCUGACCUCGGGGACCAUGUCCGGUCCGCCGCAGCACGAGCCCAUCCACCCCCAGCCUGUCCAGAGGGCCGUGAGCUUCGAUGACAGACCGCUCAGCCCUAUGAGCGAGCGGUCGCUCAAGCCCAAGAGCGGCAAGCUCCGAUUCAGCCUCUUCGGCAAGCACUGA